CCCAUAAAAUAAAAUUAUGGUCAAGCCAAAAAUUAAAUUGAUGUAUUUAUAGAAAGUCUCAGUUUUAACUACACUAAUAAAGCAUAAUAACCGUAAUUUUUUCUAUGCAACUUAAAAAAACUUAAUAUUAAAUUGAUUAUCAAAAGAACAAGCGAAAUACCAGUUGCUGAACUAAGCAAAAUUUGUGCUGCCAUCAGCGUACCAGGCGCAAAGAAGUUUUCAGUAGUUCUAUUGCAUUUAAGCUAAAAUAGAUGUGUUUUUAAAGGCUAAUCUCUUAUUUAUUGUACUGUAAACGUAUUUUAUACUAACAUUUCAUAAAACUAAUCAAACUUACACCAUAUGGAUGACCUCAAUCCCUUGGCUGGAACAGCGCAUCUGCUGGAAGAAGUUGAUAAAAAACUAAUGGUUCUGCUUCGAGACGGCCGUACAUUAAUUGGCUACUUGCGAUCCGUAGAUCAGUUUGCCAACCUAGUUUUGCAGAGGACAAUUGAACGGAUACACGUCGGCAACGAGUAUGGAGAUAUCCCGCGAGGCGUUUUCAUAAUACGAGGCGAGAACGUGGUGCUCCUUGGUGAAAUUGAUCGCGAAAAGGAACAAAAACUUCCUCUGAAAGAGAUUUCUGUUGACGAGAUACUGGACGCACAGCGACGUGAGCAGGAGCAGCGACAAGAGAAGCAUCGACUCGUCUCAAAGGCACUCAAAGAGCGUGGCCUAGCGGUCAAUGCGGAUAUAAUCAAUGAAGACUUUUGCUGAGCGCUGUGUCUGUGUCUGCAUUAUAACAAAUAUUUAGAGUAAGCUUAAGAAGAUAAUUGAUUUUUGUCAGUUGUAUAU